AUGUCCCCCCCCGAAUACAGCCUCCCAGCCGGCUCUUGGGUCCUUGUGACCGGUGCCAACGGUUUUAUUGCCUCCCAUAUCAUCGAUCGUAUCCUUGACCAUGGAUACAAAGUGCGAGGCACUGUCAGGGCUGAGAAGCCCUGGCUCAAUGAGUUCUAUCAGUCCAAAUACGGCCCAGACAGCUUUGAAACCGCCAUUGUGCCGAAGCUGGAAGAGGAGGGCUCACUGGACACCUGCAUGGAGGGUAUGAGUGGUGUUAUCCAUGUGGCGAACAAUAACUCCUUUAAUCCGGAUCCUAACACUGUCAUUACUGAGGUCGUGGCAAUGAGUCUCAACGUCUUAAAGACUGCGUCCCGGGUAGAAUCAGUGAAGCGAGUCAUCAUCACCUCUUCAGUUGUAGCUGCUUACAGCAAGGCACCCGGUGAGCCAGGCGAUAUGAUAAUCGAUGAAACGACAUGGAACGACUAUUCUGUCAAGGCUGCCUGGGACCCUGAGACUCCAGAUGCCGAGAAGCCUUCCAUCGUGUAUAAUGCGUCCAAGGUGGAAUCAGAGCGAGCUGCGUGGAAAUGGGUGGCGGAGAAUAAGCCACACUUUGUCUUCAACUCGGUGCUUCCAAAUGUCAAUUUUGGAACCAUGUUCUUCCCUGAGAAGCAAUUCUCGGCGAUGGGCCUCACCCGGACACUCUUGCAAGGAAGUACCCUGGCAAUGCAGAUAAUGCCCUCGCGGCAAUGGUACAGCAAUGUGCAAGACACUGCCCGUGUGCACGUUAUUGCCCUCUUGGACUUAAAUGUCCAAUCUGAACGCAUCUUUGCCUGUGCGGCUCCUUAUUCAUGGAAUGAGGUGAUUCCCAUCUUGAGGACACGCUAUCCGGACAACUCCCUUAUUCCUGAUCCCCAUUCAGAGGAAGGAAUCCCAAACAUGGACAUUGUGCCGGCGAAACGAUCCGGGGAGCUGCUCCGGAGCUUCUAUGGACGGUCAUGGAUGGGACUCGAGGAGUCCAUCUCCAUGGGCUUUGAUUAA